UUUCUGGUUAACAACGCCGUACAGUACAUCGCAAUAGUCGUCAACUUUUAGCCAGCUACUACUAUGGCACAGGCGGCACAAGCCCUCGACGCAAACUCUCAGAUCCAGGUGGAGCACGAUAGAAAGCGUCGCCAGUUUGUCAUAAGACUCAAUGGAUCUCACGACCGAGCAGUUCUUCUGUAUGAAUACGUUGGGAAGAAGACGGUGGACUUGCAACACACCGAAGUUCCAGACGCUUACAGGGGGAGAGGAAUAGCCAAACACCUGGCCAAGGCAGCCAUGGAUUUUGUGGUGGAAGAGGAUCUGAAAGCCCACUUGACCUGCUGGUACAUUCAGAAAUAUGUCAAAGAAAAUCCUCAGCCUCAGUACUUCGAACAUAUUUAUCAAUGACCCGACAUGGUGCCAAAAGACAAGAAAGAGACUCCCAGGGAGAGAAAAUAUGGCACCAUGCUUUGGAGUUAGAGGCUGUUAAACAACAAAAGACCUUCCAGGCAUUGUUACACAUGACACUGAGUGAAUAUAGAGGCAACUGGUCUCACAAGACUUUUGUGUGAAUGUCGGGUCGCCUUGUCAGUUCUCUCCGUAACACGAGGACAAACACUCACCGGAAAGAUGAAGGGAAUCAGCUGGUCACAACUUGUUAAAAAAAGAAAGAAAAAGAAAAGAAGAGCAAGCAAACUAACCAAAUCUGACGGCCUGUUACCUCAGACAGAAACCUUCAGGGUGUAAACACAUCACUGGCUGGAUGAAAGGGUUCAGCGUGUAAAGAGAGAACAUGGGAGUCAUGUGUUUCUGUCCUCCUUCGGACUCACUGCUUGUGAGCAGCGCUACAAGGUGACCGACCCAGGUGUCUUUGUCCGUGGUGAUUUUGAUGGAACCAAUAAUUGCUUCAUUGACACUCGGAUGCUGACGACUUUUAUAUUUUGACCCCCUUUUGAUAUUUCUUUUGGUUUCAUUUUUUAUCUUUUUUCCCUUCAAUCUUAGAAAUUGAGUUUCUUAGGGCUAAAAUGCUUAUUUGGUAGGCUGUGAGUGCUAAAAAGCAUCUUUGAAAAUGUAAAGCUACUCAAAAGAUGUAUUUCUUUUCUAACUAACUGUAAAGAGGUAUAUGCAUAAUUUUGGUGGGUAAUGGGUAGUUAAAAGUUGUAUAAUCUACAUUUUGAAGACAUUUAUUUCCCCAAACUCAUUAUUUGGUUCCAGUGUUACUGUACCCACCUGUCUAGAGCCAUAAAAUAAAUGACUCCAACAUAAUAUAAACAGAUCCUGAUUCAGAACCAAAGAACACAAAUUGAGGAUUUUUACUACCUACAAAGGCAAUUCUGACCAAGCUUCAAAACAUAACUCAUCAUUUUCUCCAUCGUAUGUUUUGAAUAUUAAAAACACACAUGUGAAAAAGUGGGUCUGAAGCCCGUCACUGUGCGGUGCAAUACUUUAGUGUGGAUGUCGAUAAAUAUCUCUGUUCCAACCAGCAUUUUAAAAAACAGCACUGCUAACUAUAUUCAGGGCAUUUACAUCGUUUGUUCUGUCAUUCAGGAAAAUAAGACUGGAUGGCUGAAGCUUACACACCAAUUUUCCUUGUUUUUGGAUCUGUUGUUUUUUUCCAUCUUCCCACAAGGCUUCUUAAGCCUACUGAUGUCAAAAUGAUAAAGAUCAUCACAGAAGAAAAUUUUAACUGAGAAAAUGUUUUACUGUGGUUUCUCUAUUUGGGCUCUUCAGGAGCCUUUGCUGUUGACAAUCUCGAGUGUUGAAAGAGAAAAAUACCUCAGGUAACACACACUGGCAGGACAGACAUCAACAUGCAAGGCAGAGCCUGUCUGCUGUAAGAAUCACUUCGAGGUAACUGCAGGAAACAAAGUUCCCUUUGUAACACUUUGCAGUAGGUGGCACACACCUAUUGAGAGGCCAAGGUAUUAUUUCAUUUUUGUGUUUGUAUUUGUAAGUUUCCUCACGACUGCCUGAUUUAACAGUUUUGGGCUGCUGCUCUACCACAUGCGUCAAAAUGUACCAAUUAUUGUUAUGUUUUGUGCUUGAAACUUUUUUUUGUCAA